UAUGCUAGUGCUAGAGUAAAAAUCUUGAAGUUGAAAAGAAAGCUUUAAAAAAUCUUGCAGCGGCCAGUGUUGUACGCUUUCCAGAAUUUAUACUUUGCUUUAGUGAUAAAAAACUAACAAUUUUAUAAUCUUAAACUAAAAUAUCUUAUUUUUGGAAACAAGUAAAAUGGCUUUAGUUUGUGCUAUUACAAACGAAGUGCCAGAAACACCAGUUAUUUCACCACAAUCUGGAGCAAUAUUUGAAAAGCGAAUAAUCGAAAAAUACAUAGCCGAAAAUGGGUGCGAUCCUAUUACGGGAAAGGAAAUCAAAGUAGACGAACUAAUUGAAAUCAAGACACCGCCAAUUGUCAAGCCUAAACCCCCAAGCGCCACUAGCAUUCCGGCUACUUUGAAGACAAUGCAAGAUGAAUGGGAUGCCUUGAUGUUGCACUCAUUCACUCAACGACAGCAAUUGCAAAUAGCUCGUCAAGAACUUAGCCAUGCUCUUUAUCAGCAUGACGCAGCUUGUCGUGUAGUUUCGAGGCUAACAAAAGAGGUGGCUGCAGCCAGAGAGGCUUUGGCAACGCUAAAGCCUCAAGCUGGAAUUGCAACACCUUCGACUAUACCACAGCCUGCAAUUGCUGCUGAAGCAGCUGGCGUUGCUACUCAACCAAUUGAACAAGCUGGAAUGAGUGCAGAGGUUAUUCAGAAACUUCAAGACAAGGCGACCGUCCUGACGCAAGAACGCAAGAAACGGGGUAGAACAGUGCCAGAAGAACUCAUCACCCAGGAUCAGAUUAAAACUUUCUUGACUGUAGCUUCACAUCCAGGACUGCACUCGGCAUCUGUGCCAGGUAUUCUAGCUCUGGACAUUAAUAGUGCUGAUCAUAGUAAGAUCCUUACUGGGGGGAAUGAUAGGAAUGCAACUGUCUUCAAUAAAGACACCGAACAAGUUGUUGCUAUUCUCAAGGGACAUACAAAGAAGAUUACCAAGGUUAUAUACCAUCCUGAUGAAGAUACUGUUAUAACAGCUUCCCCUGACAUGUGCAUUCGUAUAUGGAACGUUCCCACCAGUCAGACACAACUAUUGUUGCGGUGUCAUGAUGGUCCUGUUACUGGCCUAUCGCUUCACCCAACUGGCGACUAUGUCCUUUCAACAUCUUCAGACAAACACUGGGCAUUUUCCGAUAUUCGAACUGGAAGACUUCUGACUAAGGUGAUGGACACAGCUGAAGUUGGGCUAACAACGGCACAAUUUCAUCCGGAUGGACUGAUUUUUGGAACAGGAACAGAUGAUUCUCAAGUUAAAAUCUGGGAUUUAAAAGAACAAAGCAACGUUGCCAAUUUCCCUGGACAUACUGGACCAAUUUCUGCAAUUUCAUUCUCUGAAAAUGGUUAUUAUUUAGCCACAGCCGCAGACGAUGCUUGUGUUAAACUAUGGGAUUUACGCAAACUGAAGAACUUUAAAACAAUACAAUUGGAAGAUGGUUACGAAGUCAAGGAUCUGUGCUUUGAUCAAAGUGGAACUUAUUUGGCAAUCGCAGGAACUGAUGUCAGAAUUUAUUUAUGUAAACAAUGGCAAGAUUUGAAGGUUUUUAACGAUCAUACAGCACUUGCGACAGGCGUGCGUUUUGGAAAACAUGCCCAAUAUCUUGCAUCGACAAGCAUGGACCGUACUCUGAAACUGUAUGCUAUCGAAUAAUUUACCAGGCACUUAAAGUUUCGCAUUAAUUUUAAUAAAUGAAUGUUACUAAACAAAAUAAGAAAUAUAAACGAAGGUAUUACACUUAUAA